AGCCCAAAGCCCAAUGAAUCGAGUCGGGUAGCAUGCGGCAGGGGUCCCACCGCCGCCGUUGGUCGUCGAAGUCGCCAGUCUAAUUUUCCGGCGCAAGUUGGAAAAUUGUGCGCACCAACUUCAGUUGUUUUCGAGUGACGGUGGCGAGUGAAAGUAGCUCCCAAUCCCAAUCCCUACUACACCUAUAAGCUCCACGGUUGUUAGUGAGGCAAAUCAUGAACAUAGAGUACCGUAAGCUAGAUCGAGAUCUUCAAGAGCAGCUGGACGGAUUUUUCCGUACCAAUAAUUCCCUGGUUGAAGUUCAUCCGGGGCGGGUGUUGAUGCCCAGCAAGUUCCAGGCAAUCGGUGAGGACAUCAAGAACUUCGAAAUUCGAUCGGAUGACGUGUGGUUGCACUCCUAUCCGAGGACAGGUUCGACCUGGGCCCAGGAAAUGAUUUGGCUAUUGGGGAACAACCUGGACUAUGAGGGAGCCAAGAAUAUUCAACAGGUCCGAACGCCCCUGUUGGAGUUGUCUGCCAUAUUCUCCGAGGACCGAAGCGUUGAGGACUUUGUAACGGAACACAAGAAGGUCAACUCCGUAACUUGCGUCCACAACAUGCCCAGUCCGCGGUUUGUCAAGUGUCAUCUGCCCUGGCAGCUUCUUCCGAAUGAGAUGGACCAGGUGCGGCCCAAGAUGAUCUACAUAGCCAGGAAUCCGAAGGACUUGUGCGUCUCCUACUACUACUAUUGCCAGUUGAUCCACCAGACCGAGGGCAGCUUAGAGGACUUCUGUGAAAUCUUCCUGGCCGACAACGCCCCCAUAGGGCCGAUGUGGGCCCAUAUGCUGUCGUUUUGGAAGCGUCGCAAUCAACCGAACAUCCUGUUCUUGAAGUACGAGGACAUGAAGCGCAAUCUCCCUACCGUAAUCCGCCAGACUGCCGAGUUCAUGAACGUUGGUCACAACCUUACGGAUGAGGACGUCCAGCAGCUGUGCGAUCACCUGCAGUUUGACAGGAUGCAAAAGAACCCGGCCGUCAACAUGGAACCACUGAUGAAGAACUCGGCACAGAUCGACGAUAAGGCCAGUGUCAAAUUCAUCCGAAAGGGCGCAAUCGGUGACUGGAAGAACCACAUGAGUGAGGAACUUUCGCGACGUUUCGAUGCCUGGAUCAGUGAACACUUUGACGGGACGGGACUGGAGUUUGACUAUGAGUAACAGUUUAUCUUGUGUUCGGUAGUGUUAAUUAGAUUUGAUUCUGUUAUCGUUUGUUCAUUAGUUUAGUAAGGCGUGGGUGCAUUGGGGUAGUUAAUAAGGAUGAAAAAUAUCAGACCAGAUGCAAAAAAUUGUAUGGAGUUUUAUAUUUACAGU